AUCUAUCUGCCUUUUGCAUACAUUGAAGAUAAAUAUUUUAUAGUAUUUUCUAAGGAAUGCUAAGUUUUCAAAAUUUUCAAACGGUUUCAUUGAAAGCUAUUGUGAGUUUCCCAAACAAUUGUAUUAGCUUCUACAGAUAUAAAGAGAAAUCUCAUUUCAUCCAUCUAAGAGAAGAGGAGGAAGCUUAGAUUUUCUAUUACAUGAAUGAUAAUUGUUCUUAUAAAUUCUGUUUAAUGAUGAAGUUUGAGAACUGCUGAAAAUGAGCUCACAGUAAUGAUGGUGGACUAUCGAACACAAACAAGCAAAAAACAACUAUGUUCCUGGGUAUUUUUAGGGUUCGCAGAAAGAAGCAUCUCGUUGUGGCUGGAUUGCUUUGUAUUAUACUGUUUCUAUUAUAUGAAAUCCAACAGCUAAGUUAUAUUGAUAAUCAGCAGAGACUGGAUAUACCUUUACAUAAAGAAAAAUAUAAUGUUGCUGAAAGUAAUGCUGUUAAAAAUAAUGAGCAAGAUGUAAUGCAACCCAUAUUAAAUGAAUUAGAAAAAGAUAAUGACAAUUUUAAUGAUAAUUUUGAUUCAAUCCAUCCUGAAGAUAUAAGUUGGGAAUUAAUUGAAAAGUUUAAAGUUGACUAUGACGAUCAUUUUCAACCUAUUGUUUCACCUUGGGAUGUGUCAAAAAGUUGGGUUAAUUCAAGAGAAAUCUUUCCAGAUGUUGUUCCUGAGCUAGGAAUGGUGCUGAAAUCAAUGGCAAAUGAACCUGUGAUUUAUGCUGACAUUGCUCCCAGAGGAACACAACUGAAACUCUUGCUAGUGUUAAAGGGAGGUCAAAAGGUUCUGUUUAAACCAAAAUGGUUUGAAAGAGACCAAGUGAUUGAAGGUCCUCCAUAUGCAGGACAGGAUCGACACAAUGGAGAAAUUGCAGCAUUUCAUUUAAGCAGAAUACUUGGCUUUCGCAGGACACCUUUGACAGUGGGCCGUUAUUUAAACUUGCAGACUGAGGUUAUUCCUGUGGCAAGUUCAAGAUUGUUAGAUACAUUUUUUUACAAAGAUAACGAUACUUGCUUUUAUGGAAAAUGUUACUACUGCAAAGGGAAAGAAAGUGGCGUGUGUGCCCAGAAGACCGUCCUCGAAGGUACCAUUGUUCUUUGGAUCUCUCAUAAAAUGCAACUUUACAGACAUCCAUGGGGCAGAACAUACAUUGACAACAAACAAGCUAAGUGGGAGACCGAUGCUAAAUUCUGUGAUAAAGUUCUUCAAACUGACAUGUACAAAUUAGGAAUUCGACUUCUAGAUAUCAUCGAUACAUCAGUAUUUGAUUAUAUUAUUGGUAAUGCUGACCGGCAUCAUUAUGAAACUUUCCAUGAAUUCCCAGACAGCAUGGUGAUUAUGCUAGACAAUGGUAAAAGUUUUGGCAAUCCGUAUCAUGAUGAAUAUUCAAUCCUUGCUCCUUUGUAUCAAUGUUGCAAAAUCCGACAGUCUACUUAUGAUCAAUUGAAAAUGUUGAAAAAUGGUAUUUUGUCCAAAGUUUUAGAAGCUGUCCUCUUAUUUGAUCCAAUAUCCCCUAUUUUGAACAAGUUCCAUUUACGUUCUAUUGACAGACGCCUGCAUCAGCUCUUAACAACUAUUGAUAAUUGUGUGAAAGAACAAGGCAUGCCUAAUGUAAUUAUUAGUGAUGAAAAACUCAUUCCGGAGAAGCAUGUUGAAACAUGAAAAAAAUGGACCAUCACUUGCAGUGACUAGCAAUCAACAAGAAUUGUGACUGGAAUAAAGAUCGAAAAGGUGUAUGUUAUUGUGCCAUGAGAUGAUGUAGAGUUUCAUGUUUUGGAUUUUCAUCCCAUCUCCCCUCUUCCUACCACUUGUCAUGGGGGUCCCUGUAGAGGAAUUUAUGUGUAUAAUCCUUCUUCCACUGACUAAACCAUAAAAAAAAAAAUUUAACCUUUACUUUCUACACUGCUUCAUUAGCAGUUUCUGCUCCUUCAAAGUAGUAAGUUGUGUACCACCUCCAUGAUUCUCCAUCUUAUGAACCCAUUUCUCCUUGUCUUCCCUCUUAUAUCUCACUACCUCUUCCCCAGAACUGCAGGCAGCCCUCAUAAAUUCCCUACCAUCUAACUAUUUCUUGCUCACAUUUUCCUCAUGGGUGUCCUCCUAUGGAAGUUCAAGUUAAACAUCAAUCAACCACAUCUACUUCACAACCAUUAAGCAAGUUUCUACAUGGUCAUUUGAUCUGCUAGAAAUACCAGCCAAGUCUACAUAUCACACACAAUCAUUUUAAAAUGGCAGGACACAAUGAAUAAUGUUAAUUCAAAAUACACUGUCUGAAGAAAAAAUGUGAUGGUCAAGACUGGAAUGACUUUGAUAAUAGUUCUGCUUAGUUAAGACAAAACAACAUCAACCUCACCUGUCAGGGAGGUCUUGACUACCAUCUUUCCUCCUGAGACUACUAAUAUGUAUGGAUGAAUGGAUGCAUGCAUAGAUAGAUAGAUAGAUAUGUGUGUGUGUAUAUAUGUAUACACGCACAUGUAUAUCAUCAGUAAAACAUAAAUCUGAAAUAGAAGCAUACUCUGAGUUAUAGAUCAGUAGAGUAUAUAGAUAAAGAUAGAUAUGGCUGGUCUAUGAGGUCACCUUGGGUUUCACAUCCAUAAAGUGCUUAGCUUUACAGCAUUUCUUCAGACCCUAAACCCCUUAGCUCAUGGCUUGUCUAGCAAGUACCUGUGACCUCUCAAGGCCUCUCUAGCAAGUGCUAGAGACCACAUAGGCCAACAGGUUUAGGGUCUGAAGAAAUGCCGUAAAGCUAAAUGCUGAACCGAGUGAAAUCAUAGUCAUGGUUGAUGCCAGUGCUGCUUGACUGGCACCCAUGCUACCUGACUGGCACAUAAACAGCACCACUCAAACAAGGCCAAUGCCAGUGCCACCUACUGGCUCCCAUG